AUGAAGAAGAGAAGCCUCUUUUCAAGUAACAACCGCCACAUAAAGAAUAAAAACUACCUUCGGAAGAAAAACAAAUACUUCACUGACCAGAAAUUUCUUCGAAAAUUUAAAAAGUUUGCGAAAUCGGAUGAGCCAAAGAAGGAGAUAGUUCGCACUGACCCCAUAAAGGACUUCUUCUUCACGCCGGAGCGGGCCCACCGGGAUGCACAGCCAGGGGAAAACACACAAGAGGGGGAAGAAGAAGAGCAGGGUCCAGACAGGGAACCUACCCAUGGAGGAGACGACAGCCAAGACGACCAAAGGGAGGAGGAUUCUCCAAUAAUCACAAACCGAAACAACAGCGGGAUACAUCCCCUACGUGGAAAGAAAGGAAAAGGGAGUGGUACGAAAAGAAACACUCCUGCUGCAUCGCAGGAACGUCCCAAGGACAAGGGCGAGGAGGAUACCCAGACACAGCACUACAAGAACAAGCACGGGAAGCAUGGAAAAUCUGUGUAUAGCAAAGAAAUUAACAUAGUUUCUCUGAAAAAGAAAGAAAGAGAGUUGUACCUGAAGGAGAAAGAAGCGGCAAUCCAGAAAAGUGAACAAGAGAGGAAAAAAAAAAAAAUGAUAAGAAUUAAAAAGUUUAAAAAAUUAAAUAAAAAAACAAAAAGGGGUCAGCCAAUCAUGAAAAAUUUGAUAAAUCAUUUGUUAAAAAAGAUAUGA